UUGAAUGUAAGUUCUUGUGUGUGUGUGUGUGUGUGAGUGAGUGAAGAGAGAGAAAGAGAGAAAGAGAGAAAGGAAGACAAAGAUGGAGUACUCUCAGAAUCAGAAACACAAAGUGUGAGGGGAGAUGGGAGGGUCAAAGUAAGAGAGGCCGCGAAUGCGUGAGACGAUAGUACUGGGGGGUCCGUCACAUGGGUGGCAUGUCACGUGACAUACACUAGUGAUGUCAUACAACACGUGACGUUUUGCCAUACAUGGCUAGGAUUACCAUACAUGGCAUAUCCUUCAAUGGCUGCAGUAGGAAGAUACUCGAAGGGACUCGAUAUUCACCUCGCCUUCACAUUAUGGUUUUUGAGGUGCUCGUGCCCUCCUUGUCCCCUCCCCAGGUUCCCACACCACCGUGUUGCUGUUACCUGACUUGAUUUCUGUGCUAAAGCUUAGCAAAUUCUUCGUUAGAAGCCCGUUUAAUCCCAGUAAUAUCCCGAGGGCUGGAAGACAUACGGCUUCCUUUGUUUUUCCGUUCCUCGAGUUAGUUUUCUAAUCUCCCUUGUCCUUAUCCGGUGACAUUUGUCAUGGCUCCUGUAUCUCAACGACUACUGCUCCGACUGUACAUCAACAUCUUUCUGUCUUCCUUCUCUCUGUCUCUCCCUCCUUUCCUCCUUUCCGCGCGUCCAUUGACUGCAAGGCGCGCACAGCCUAACCUAUCAUGUCUACAAGCCGCAGUAAUCCGAUUUCAAGACUAGCAUUACAAUGCUGCCUCCACCGCCAAGGGUAAGCAAUCCCGCCUUCCCCAAUGAGCACCAUCACCAAGGGAGACAACGGCCUGCUGUACCCAAUCAUUUUCGACAAGCGUGAAAGAAGACCCGUGGGUGCGUUUCCACGCGCAACCACUUCUCCCACAUCAUGGCGGACGCACGGCAGCAGCUAGUGGUGCUGAAGCCCUGUCUCGUGAUGCUGCUGCUGCUCUUCUCCUCCUGCUUCUGCUCCAGCAAUGCAAGCAAUGGAAUGUCCUACAAAGACCACUUCCAUGGUGUGAGCAGCAUCGUGGAGGUGGAAUGUUCGGGGGUGUCGUUGCCGUCCAACGUGGACCUGAUGUCCAUCACCAUGUUCGCGAUGACCACUAGCCACUCCUCUCACACAGGGGGCAUCAUUGCUUCGAUCAACUAUGGCGGCCGCAAGUGUCUGACGACAGAUGUGUUCAGCUCGUGUGAAAUAGAUGAACGCAACUCGCGGUCCACCCGACUCCGGACACUGGUACUGGACCUGGCGGUGGAGGCCACCCGCUGGAUUGGCUGCAACGUCACUGGAUUCGAGUCCAGUAGUGGUUUAGUCAAAAUAGUCUCGUGGUCGCUUAAUGCCAAACGAAAAAGUGAGAUAUUUCUAUCAAGUCGAUGGUUAAUUAUUCAUUCCUUCAAUACUCACACUAACACUCACACUCUAAAAAGACAAUGGUAAAAAAAAAUAAUAAUUAAAAAAAUUCUUUACUCAAAACAUCUAAGUACACAAACUGAAACUGAUUUUAUAUUCUAAAAUGUGUUGCAGUCUCUAUGCUUACCUCAUACCAUAGUUAUCUCGACAUGACUAUCGCUACUUUAAUGGCCUGUCGUCUGCUAACAGACGGAAGAACAAAAAGAUCAGAAGAGGCAUCAGUCCACAGAAAACAAAAUCUCGGUCAAAUAUGGUUUCAAUUAGAGAGCUGGCGCAGUCCUCUCGUGAAAGGACAUUGUUAUUUCAUUAGUCUGUUUUCCAUUACGUAGGCCGUGCUAAAACCCACUCCAUGAAUAAUUAGUCAGUGUUUUCUUAGCGCUCUCCUUGCUGCGGAGAUCGAUUGUGUAUAUCACUGCGCACACGUACCACCGCCUGCCCGCACUUCUUUUC